AUGUCGAAACAUAAGCCCGUCUGGUUCAUCGCCGCUGCAUCGAGCGGCUUCGGCCACGAGAUUGCUCUCGCAGCUCUGAAACGCGGACAUACUGUCGUCGCCACUGCUCGAAAACUGGAGCGCGUCAAGGACCUGGCCGAAGCAGGUGCAGACAUCCUGGCUCUUGACGUCACGUCUUCUCUUUCAACUAUCGAGUCUGUUGCUGCGGAAGUGUUUGAGAAACACGGACGAGUCGACUACCUUGUGAUUGCGGCUGGCUUUAUUCUAGAGGGCGCGGUAGAGGAGGUUUCGCGGCAGGAAAUCUACGACUCUUUCAACACCAACGUGUUUGGCACUGUGAGCACGAUUGGAGCCUUCCUGCCACUCAUACGAGCGCAGCCAGUAGCCCCCAACGGCGUGCGAUGUACCAUUGUCACGUUUGGAAGUCUGGGGGAAGCUGGAGAGGUGGCGCCGGCUUUUCCAUCUAUGCCAUGA